AUGGCAACUGAAUUCCCAUUGAGUCGUUAUAGAGCUGGUGGCGGCCACCCAAGUGGUCAACGCAAUGGCAUCGAAGAGAUUCUUGAGGAAUCAUUCCUGACUUACUUUACUCAGAUAUUCAACAAAUACGCUGGAGCUGAUGGAAAAUGGCGUCGUGACCAGAUCGGCCUUUUCAUGCAUCACGUUCAGGCUGAAAACCCCAAUGGUCUGGCUGCCUACCUUGCCGACCAGGAAGAACUAAAUCUUCAUGAACUGAUCAAGUAUCUCACAUCACCAUGCGGUAACAUCUUAGAGAUGGCGGCCCCUCAAGACUUCUCUUGGCCAUUGAACAACUACUUCAUCAGCUCAAGCCACAACACUUACCUCACCGGCAACCAGCUUUCCAGCGACUCGAGCGCCGAAGCCUACAAGGAUGCACUGUUGCGAGGCUGUAGGUGCAUUGAGAUUGAUGUUUGGGACGGUGAGGAGAAGUGGAAACCCGGAUUUGCAGAUGACGAUGAGAAUGAAGACAGAAUCAGUACCGAGCACAAAAAGAUUGGUUUCAGGGAGAAAGCAUUCAUCAAGUUUGGCCGAUGGGCAAUGAACAAGUUCGAUCCCGUCGACCCCGAUGGUAAAACCUUUGAUGACAGACUUGAAGAUUGCAUCCAUGCAGAGCCACGAGUCCUUCACGGGUUUACCAUGACCAAAGAGGUUUCCUUCCGCGAUGUCUGCGAAACUGUCCGAGAGUAUGCAUUCGCCACUUCUGAACUGCCACUCAUUGUCAGCCUGGAAGUACAUUGCAGUCCGCUACAGCAAAACAAAAUGGUAGACAUCAUGAAGGAAACGUGGGACGACUAUCUUCUGGGGGAACCCGAAUGCGAUCCCGAACACUUACCUUCGCCUCAUGAACUGAGAAACAAGAUCCUCAUCAAGGUCAAAUACGUCCCCGAGGACAAGGCUGAGAGUGAGGCCUCAGAUGACGGGAGUAUGCUCGAAGUUGUCACAGAAGGAAACGAGAAGAAGACCAAAAAGGUCAAGGCACCCAAGAUCACGACACGUUUAAGCCGCUUGGGGAUUCAUACACGUGGAAUCAGCUUCAAGUCGCUCGAUGAACCGGAGGCUACAAUGCCAAACCACAUAUUUUCACUCUCGGAGGACGCGGCAUUCGCAAUCCAGCGAAGGCUACCCAAGGCCCUGUUCUCGCACAACAGACGAUACCUCAUGCGCACCUACCCACAUGGUAUGCGCUUCGACUCAUCCAAUUACGAUCCCGUCGCAUUCUGGCGGGCAGGCGUACAAGUAGUUGCGCUCAAUUGGCAGUCCUGGGAUCUGGGCAUGAUACUUAACGAGGGCAUGUUCAUGGGCUCGGACGGCUAUGUUCUGAAGCCGCAGGGGUACUGUCAUGACGGCCUUUCAAACGACGAUGAUGUCUCAAUCCCGAGCAAGACGUUGGAGAGGCUAGCCAUUACAGUGGUAGCGGCUCAGAACCUGCCACUGUUGAAGAGCACCGAUGAUCCCGCCAAAUUCAUUCCUUAUGUCAAGAUCGGCUUCCACACGGAACCCAAUGCCUUCUCAGCUAUGACUGACGAAGACCAGAGUCCGGAAAAGACGAAGCAAGUUGGCUACAGUGGACAGACAUGUAAAAGCAAGGGAACGAGCCCGAGUUUCAACGAGGAAACAAUCGAGUUUCUCAACGUUGAUGGUGUAGUGCCUGAGCUAUCCUUCCUCUCGUUUCGAGUCAUGAAUGAUGUUCCUGGCCCAGACGUUAUGGCUGCAUGGGCAUGUGUGCGUCUGGAUCGACUGAGACUUGGGUAUCGGUUCCUUAGACUACUGGAUAAGGAUGGCAUGCCGAGCAAAGGAAUUCUCUUGGUAAAGGUUACACUGAGGGAAGCUUCUACAUGUUAG